AUGGCUGAUAUUGGAUGCCAAACCAACAAUAGACUAAGACCUAUUGCCCCAGCUCCCACAGCAAAUGGUGCGCGGGGCUUGGGUUAUGGAAACCCUUCCUUGUCCCCAAUGCCACAGGCUUGUCAGACAUGCGCCAGACGCAAAGUCAAAUGCGACAAGGUGGCGCCCAUUUGCUCCAGAUGUCGCAAGGGCAGGUUCGAGUGUCUUUAUCAGACAUCAGCCCAGCCGCAAUCACGAAAAAGAAAGGUCAGCGAUGAGGUGUUGGAAAAGCUCGCUCGAUAUGAGCGCAUACUUCAAGAGAAUGGACUUUUGGAUGCUGAGAUCCCAGCCUCUAAUGGACACACACCCUGCGAAACAACUCGGCUUGUCCACCCUAGCCACCAACCCGGGACCUCAAAAACGGGUAAACUCCUGACUGUUGGAGGCAAAUCGCAAUACGUCGAUAGUCACACCUGGUACACUCUCCCAGAUGAUGAGAUCCACCAAAUUUCCGACGAUGACGAAGAAGAUGAAGUGGCUCGCAGAAACUCUGGUGUGUCGAGGAUUCCCCUCUCGUACUCGGAUCUAUUAACCGGUACGCUUCUUGGAGGCCUGACACAUCAAGCUCUUACUCAAUACCACCCAACCCAUUCCAAUGCCAUGGUGCUGUGGAAAAAAUAUGUUGAGAACGUGGAGCCUAUUUGCAAAGUCCUACACACUCCGUCAACAACUCAGAUCGUGGACCGGGCGUCACAAUACCCUGAAACAGUCUCAAAAAUCGAGGAAUGUCUGUUGUUUGCAGUUUACCAUGCCGCAGUAUUUUCUAUGACAGAGGAAGACUGUGCAAUUCACCUUGGAGAGAAUCGCAAAGCAAUAAUUGAGCAAUACCACCAUGCUGCGAGACAAGCCCUUGUGAACGCAUCUUUCUUAAAAACAACUGAAUUGACGGUCCUCCAGGCGUUCUUCCUAUUCCUACUGCCCGCCCGCUAUUCAUAUGACCCGCAUACAUACUGGAUCUUGACCGGUAUCGCAUCCCGCAUAGGGCAACGAAUUGGGAUUCACCAGGACGGAGAGAAACUCGGGCUACCUCCUUUUGAGGUUGAAAUGCGACGGCGGCUUUUCUGUCAAGUAUUCCCGCUGGACUUUAGGGCAGGCUCAUCUGUUGGUACCGAUUUCAUGGGGUUGCCUGUUUCCUGGGAUACUCAGCCUCCCCUUAAUAUCAAUGAUGACCAGAUCUGGCCUGGAAUGAACGACCCUCCAAUCGAGCAAAAAGGCGCCACGGAUAUGAUCUUUUGUUUGUCACGCGCAUAUCUUGGGAAGAACUUGAGUCGGGCAGGGCAUCCAAUCAACGGCGCUGCGCCCUGGGGGUUUUCGGACUACCAUGAGGCAGAAAGGCUUAUUAGCGCCGCAGAAAACGAGGUGGAACAGAGAUUUAUACGAUACUGCGACAUAGUCGAUCCACUGCAUUUCCUCACGGUUGGGCUUGCUCGGUCAGGGCUGACCGCUAUGAGGCUCAGGGUCCGACUUCCUCGGAUCAGGGAACCAGGCGCUACGGACAGAGAGAGGAAGGAAGCAUUUAAUCUUGCACAGAAAACGCUGAGUAUCGAUGCAGCUGUCCAUGCUCAUAACGGAAUCAGCAAGUUCCAAUGGCACAUCCGACCUUUCUUUUUGUGGGGCACACGAGAGGCAUUCAUCUUUAUCCUUACAGUUUUAUCAAAAAGCCGCGACUUGCUCACUAUUGAAGAGACAGAAACUACCUGGAACAGCGUUGCGGAGCUGUACAAAAACCAUGAAGAGCUUUUUGAUGGCAGAGAAGCUUUAUAUGUAGGACUUCGAAGACUGACUCUCAAGGCCUGGAAUUCCUCCCAGUCAGAUAUUGUCGCUGCAGAACCAGAAUUCAUCCGGACUCUUCGGCAUUUACAAGAUAAAAGGGGGACACGACACAUUCAAUGCCAGGGUGACACAUCAGAGACUCCAUCAGUGGAAGCCAAAAUCAUGGGCUUUUCAACGAGCACCGAUUUUGAGUUUGAUGUUGAUGACUGGGUUGCCUGGGACAAAAUCAUCCAAGACCAUCAAAGUCUAGGUUGA